GUUUACUUUCCUGGAUAUUACCGAGUAUCUAGUGAUGGAAUUAAGCAAUGCAGAGGAAAUGUUUAGGUGCGGCCAUGGCGGUAGCAGACAAGGAGGUGGACUUCCCCAGAGGGGGUGCUGUUCAUGCUUCAAAUGUAAGGAGUUCUAAGUCAGCAGAAAGCACGUCAAAAGAGGAGAAUCAGUUAUUUGGGUCAACGAAAAAGCGGAAAUCAAAAGGAAAAACCGAUGAGCCUCCAGCAAAGAAAAAGGCUGAAGAGAGAGCUGCGGUUUGGAGCAAACCGAUGACUCGGGAACUUUUGACUGAAGGUGUCAUGGGGCUUGGAGUGGUCACAGAGGUGCAUGAAGAUUUCGUGUUGUUGGAGACUGCAGACUCGUGUCGUGUCAAAUUGCCGGCCACUCAGAUAUCGAAGAAGUUCACAGAGUUACUGAAAAAGGAACAAAUCUCAUUGGAAUCAUCUUUCGUUAUUGGACAGAUGGUCCCAUUCCGCGUAACGCAGAAGAGCGUAGAAACAGUCACCAAGAAAAAAAGCAUGGAUGGAAAGAAGAAAUCAUUCUCUCUACCACUCGUGAGCUGUGACCCAGUAAAGUUGAACGCUCACCUCUCUCCCACGAGGCUCGUACCUGGUCUUGUUCUGCAUGCUAUUGUUGAUAGCAUAGAGGAGAAAGGGGCUUUGCUUGACAUUGGUCUUCAGUCUGUGCAAGUUUUCUUGCCAAACAAAAAUCUGCAGCGAACAGUCCAGCAAGGUCAGCCUGUAAUCGUUCGUAUCGAAACUGCGAAAACUUCGAGAGUGGUUGUUGUUACUUCUUUCAUUGAACAGGACAAUCUCAGCACAGAGGCAUGUGAGAGCCUGCAACUGAACCAUCUAAUGCCAGGCACAAUCAUCGACUGUGAACCAGACCCAGAGCCUACCGUCACUGCUGGGGUAUAUGUUACUUUGGGCAAUGGAGUUCGAGGAUUUGUCGCGAGAAGUCAUUUACCCCCGCGGCUCAGAAGAGACAUCACUAAAGUUUCACGUUCGAUCCGAUGUGUGGUGAUGUUUUGCCAGCAGAAUACACCGUUGCUAGUGCUUUCGGCACACCCGGAUGUCGUUGCAGUGAGCAAGCCCGAUAAGAGAGCUUCGUUCAUGGGUUACUCAAUUGGCGAUCGUGUCAAAUGCACGGUGAUUGACGUAGUCCCACAAACAUUCCUUGUUUGCUUCUCGUUGCCUUUGAGUGAUGACGGGAAGAUUCCUCUGGUGACUGCCAUUGCAUACAAGCAGUACUUGAGAAAUCCGGAAGAAUUAGAAUCGUUAUAUACCAUUGGUUCUGAACAUCUCUGUCGAGUCAUGAAUUUCCGAUAUGCUGAUAGAUGUAUGAUAGUAUCUACUAGAAAGGAUAUGCUUGAUCAAAAGAUAAUCUCAUACAGGGAUGCAACCCCAGGUGAAAUUGUCCACGCGAAAGUGACCGAUGUGCACCCCCGUGGUGUGCAAGUGUCAAUUUGCGAAAGUGUUAAGGGUUUCAUUCCCGCCGACCUGGCGUCCGAUCGUGCAGUACCUCUAGAGAAAUCAUUCACAGUUGGGUCAAGCAUAAAGUGCAGAGUUUGGUUUGUGAAUGAUGAGAAGAAGCAAGUUUGGUUGACUGCUCGGCCUUCCCUCGUGAACUACAAGGGGACAGUGGUGACAUCAUACGAUGCAAAAUACGAGGGCGUCAAUAGCGUUGGAGUUGUCUCAAAAGUUUUACCUACUGGAGGUGCCUUAGUACAAUUUUACGGAACAGUGCGCGGUCUUCUUGGAGCUAGAGAGGCAAAGAGAUUGGGCACUGAUCUCAAAGUGGGCCAAGUUCUUGAAGUGCAAGUGACAACAAUUGAUUCGGUAGAUAAGAAGAUGAGCCUAGGUUUGGUUGAUGCAGGAGCACAAUCUACCGCUGGGCAUGUGCUACACCCUAAAGCAGUUUCCGCCAGCUAUGUCGCGACUGCAUUCUCUGCAGUCGUGGAAGAAGUGAGCGAAUCUUUUCUUCCAGGACACAAAUCUGAGAGGGUUCUGCUUCAACUUGAAUCUGAUACUUCGGUUAGAGGAUCCCUUGCAUCCAAUCUACUGUCCGACUCACUGAGUGUGCCUUUUGAAACUCUCAAGGGAGUUUUUCAAAAAGGAAUGACAUUGGAUAAUGUUUCUGCGCUGGGAAGUCUUGGAGCAGUCAAUAGAUUUACAACGAAACGUUUCGUUUGCACAUGGUUGGAGGUGUUCAAGAAAAGCAUUCCCAGGUCCUUUGAUGAACUGAAGCAAGGCCAGAUAGUCUGCGGCGUCAUAUUGCAGCGAGUGCCGGAUGACUGCCUAUAUGUUGAGCUAGCGGGCGGGUGCGGCCUGAUAGGGAAGGUAGUCGUUGCUGAUGUGGACGGAGGUAAAGAGGAAGCGUCCGCCUUGCAGAUCGGUCAGACUAUUGUUGGACGAGUGCGCAGUGUCCACUUAGAGAAGAAAACAUUUCGGAUCAGUUUGAAGUUGACGGAUAGUAUACCUACGGAGAAAUUACUGCCCGACGCUCCCUCGCCAUCAUCUUCCCUUUCUUUGCUUCUUCUCAAGUCGUCUGUAGAAGAGAUUUGCGAUUUUGCUGGAAGUGCAAAACUCCCGUUGCCUGGAUCUUCUGUUAUCGCUAAUGUAGUUCAAUUGCUUGAUGAUGUACUGUUUGUAGUUUUUGAAGGCAAACUGACCGGUUGCGUUCGUAAAGGCAAUUAUGCCGGUACUAUCAAGGUUGGUGACAAAGUCAACUGUAUUGUCGUUGAUUAUGUCUUCCCUCGCAAUGAUGCGGAAUUAAUUGUAAUAGACACGGCAGAUGGACAAAAAAGAAAAAAGAAAGUCCAUGAGGAGCAAUCUUCAUAUCGCGUAGCGUUGGUCAAACGAGAUUAUAUAGCUGCUUUCUCUCCCUCAAAGAAAUGUUUGGUGUUUUUACCUUCCAGGUUUCAUCCAAAUCAGACUGUGGAUGUCAAAAAUGCAAGGGUUGCUAUUGGUGAUGCUGUGGAAGUGACUGAUACUUUCUCAUUGUUCGAUAAUGUUUACUUCGGAUUUCUUUCGGGUGAUGAGGAUUUGAUCGCGAAGUUGAUGCCCGCAGUGAAGUAUGCACAGCAAACCUUUCCCGCAAAGAAAGGAUCUCCUAAUGAUGACGAGGGCAGUCCUAGAAAGACUAAAUCGGAACUGGGACUUCGCACUAAAAGUGUAAGGAAUCUAGGCGUUUAUACCGCAACAGUGAUUGGACCAUGGACAUGUGAGGAACGAAAUGACUUCGGGAAAUUAGCAGCGAAAAUAGCACUGCCCGGUGGCAAUAUAGGUCGAUUGCAUGUGUCUGAGCUGCCCUCAAGAUUUUUGUUGGAGCAUACAUCUCCGCUUGAGGAAUUUAUAAAGAGAAAUCGUGGAAAGGACGUCAUUGUUAAGAUAAUAGAUUUCUUCCCAGUCAAGAUAAAUGGACAAAAGGCUCGUAUAGCUGAAUUGACCAUGUCCGAAACAAAAAUAUCUGAAUCGCGCAAGAAAGCUAGAGAAGUAGCAUUCCAGAAGAUGUUCAAGCCCGGAGAUCUCGUUCGUUGUUUUGUGUCACCUGAGCAGAAUGGAAUCAAAAUGGGUAUCAAUGUUGAGGUGAAUCCGUUGUGGUCUGGCACGGUUGCCCACGAAGCCGUCAGCGAUGAUCUUAAGAUUUCGGUGCCUGAGCGUAAUGGUGAAGUGUUUGAGUGCGCUCCAAAGGCGGGAGAAAUGCGUAUAGCUAAAGUGCUGAGUGCUGUGAAGAAAAAGAAGAGUCAUGGACAUGGCGUGUUAAGCUUAGCUCUCGACAUGCAAGCGGAUACAAAGAGAUUUGAACCCGGUCAGCGAAUAACAGCCCGAGUAACGCAUGUCAACCUCAGCCCGUUAUCGGUGCAGUUUCAUCUUGCAAAUGGGCAGGUAGCAAGGUUGUGCCCUACUGCUAUUGCACAUAAUUACGAGAAGGUUCAUACACAUAUAACACAUUUCAAACGAGAUGGGAUAUUCCGGCUGUAUGCGCUUCGGCAAGAACUGAACCCUUUGAGAAAUUACGUUGUGGCAGAAGGCAGAUAUGAGGCUUAUCUUAAGCAGAAGGAAAAUACUGAAACUCCUGAUAACAGAGCCUUGAUCGUAGAUCGAAAUUCAAUCCAAGUAGGACAUACGUUUGAUGGUUUCAUCAUCAAGCACACACCUGAUGCGAUCGUUGUUGAGAUUGGACCGGGAAUUGUUGGAAGGAUACGAAAGCUCUCUCAUCCGGAAAUCUCGACUACUCCAUUGAACUCGAUUGUCACAGUAAAGGUCCGUAAGAUUGAUGCACAGGGUCUAAUCUCGCUAGCUCUGGUUGCCAUCGUGAGUGAAGCCCCUACAGCCGUGAAGGAUCGAAAACGUGUUGCUGAGGAUGAGGUCGUCGUUGUUGCUAAAAAAGAAAAACAAGAGCCAAAACCUGAAAAUGAACUGGAAGAAGUAUCGUUAGAAGAUCCCGGCGUUGAUUGGUCGAAUGCUGGUUUCCUGCCAGAAGAUCUAGCUGCUGUUGGAAGGUUAGGAGACGAUGAACUUGAUGAAGAAACUGCGGAAAGCACCUCGAAAUCGGAAAAAGCGAACAAAGUAGAUGAUACGAAGAUGAGUGAACGUCAGAACGAGAGAAAACCAAUGACAAAGGAAGAGUGUGUUAUGGAAAAGGAGCGACGGUUGAUCCACCGCGAGGUCGAACUAUCAGGAGAUUUGCGGCCUGAAACCCAAGAGGAUUUCGCUCGCUUGUUAAGAAAGGAUCCGAACUCUGCAGAGCUGUGGAUUAGAUACAUCUCCUUCUUCUUAGAGAAAAAUGAUCUCACUAAGGCACGAGCAACAGCAGAGCGAGCACUAACCGUCAUCAAUUAUAGAGAAGAAGAAGAAAUAUUCAAUCUCUGGAUUGCUUAUCUCAAUAUGGAAGUGGCUUACGGCGAUGAAGAGAGUACUAAGAGUAUAUUCCAACGAGCUUGUGGCAAUGCAGAUUCAUUCAAAGUGCACAAACAAAUGGCUGCUAUUUACGUGGAAGCCGGGAAGAUUGAUGAAGCUGAUGAAAUUUACGAAGCAAUGGUGAAGAAGUUCCGAGCAACUUCCGAUGACGUGUGGACUUUGUACGGCGAUCAUCUUAUUUCCACGGAUAGGGCAGAGAAAGCACGUGAUCUAAUGAAAAGAGCGCUCACCAGUGUCCCUAAACAACGACAUGUUCCCCUUAUUAGCCGAUUUGCUCAAAUGGAGUUCCGGAAGGGAGAUUAUGAGCGGGGACGAACUCUCUUCGAAAACUUGGUUACUGCAUAUCCAAAGAAAACCGACAUUUGGAUAGUUUACGCGGAUCUUUGCUUGAAGCACUUGGGAAUUGAAACAGCUAGGCAAGUUCUGGAGCGAGCUUGUGCACUUCCACUAAGUGUGCAUAAAAUACGACCCCUCUUUCGGAAAUGGAUGGAGGCGGAACGGAAGUACGGCGACGAUGAAUCGCGGCUGCUGCUUCGAGAGAAGGCCGAGAAGUUCCUACAAUCAAGUAUAAUUGAUAUGGAGGAGAUGGAAAAAGAUUGAUUUGUUUAUACUGUAUCUAUAAAAGAUAAGAUGUCUACAUUAUUUACCUACUAUUUUUUUAAUUGUUGUUGUUGAUGUACGAAAUCCGUUGUUGUUACACUUGUUAUCUAUUGUUGCUCCCAUUUGUUGGCUUGUUAGUGUACUGUUGAUUUCCCUAUAAAACUUCAAACACGCAAUGUAAAACGAACCAAGGUUAAACAUCCUGCUUACUUGUUUCCUUCUUACGACUCACAAUUCGUCACGUGUGCUUGACAAGUUCGUUUUCUUGUUUCUUUUCUGCGCGACAAAAGUGGUGGAAAGUACAGGUAACACCCUCGCGAGUAUGAAUUUGAAUAUGGCAACAAUGUCCCUCUUGUUAGCGAGCUAAAGGGGAACUGAUAAUUGACAAGUGUAUCAGAAAUCCGUAGGCUUAGUGUGGGA